GCACCAGCGCUCCGGGGCUCCAAACUCGGGCUGCCGGGGCAAGUGUCUUCAUGAACCCAGAGGAUGUCCGGGAAGCACUACAAGGGUCCUGAAGUCAGUUGUUGCAUCAAAUAUUUCAUAUUUGGCUUCAAUGUCAUAUUUUGGUUUUUGGGAAUAGCAUUUCUUGGAAUUGGACUGUGGGCGUGGAAUGAAAAAGGAGUUCUGUCCAACAUCUCUUCCAUCACCGAUCUCGGCGGCUUUGACCCAGUUUGGCUCUUCCUUGUGGUGGGAGGAGUGAUGUUCAUUUUGGGAUUUGCAGGGUGCAUUGGAGCUCUACGGGAAAACACGUUCCUUCUCAAGUUUUUUUCUGUGUUCCUGGGAAUCAUUUUCUUCCUGGAGCUCACUGCCGGCGUUCUAGCAUUUGUUUUCAAAGACUGGAUCAAAGACCAGCUGUAUUUCUUUAUAAACAACAACAUCAGAGCGUACAGGGAUGACAUUGAUUUGCAGAACCUCAUAGACUUCACCCAGGAAUAUUGGCAGUGCUGUGGGGCUUUUGGAGCUGAUGAUUGGAACCUAAAUAUUUACUUCAAUUGCACAGAUUCCAAUGCAAGUCGGGAGAGAUGCGGUGUGCCUUUCUCCUGCUGCACUAAAGAUCCCGCAGAAGACGUCAUCAACACUCAGUGUGGCUAUGAUGCCAGGCAAAAACCAGUAAGUGGAAUCUCGUCUUCUCGCUUAGCACGCAGGGUGUUGGAGGAGCUUUUGAACUUGCGUGGUGACGCUGUGCUCUCCUCUCCCCUUGUGAAGGAGGUCGACCAGCAGAUUGUGAUCUACACGAAAGGCUGCGUGCCCCAGUUUGAGAAAUGGUUGCAGGACAACUUAACCAUCGUGGCCGGUGUAUUCAUAGGCAUUGCAUUGCUGCAGAUUUUUGGGAUAUGUCUGGCUCAGAAUUUGGUUAGCGACAUUGAAGCUGUCAGGGCUAGCUGGUAGAGCAGAGCCCCUGCCACAGCUGCUGUGAGACACUGGACAGAUGCAGCCUUCCGGACCCUCCAGCGUGCCCAGCCGAAUCCACCCUGCAUGGACCCCAGUCACAGAGGCGUCCUGCAGUCCCACCUGAUGGAGCUGCCAAGAACUUGUUUUGGGGGGUAAAACUGAGAAAUGCUGCUUACUGACAGAAUUAAAAAAAAAAUAACCAGUAUGAAAGUCAUUGCACCAUGAAUCUCUACUGUAGCCAUGAAUUUAUGGAUGGUUGGAUACUUACCAAAAAAAGAAAAAGGAGGGAGGGGGGCCCAGAUGUACUUGAAUGUGGGGAACAGUCUCGCUCUCCACCUGUGUAGUAGCUGCAAGAGGCAGCUUUGCUCUUCCUCACACCAGGAAGGGACCGCCGCCUGUUCAAGGCCUGAAGAAGUGCAUCUUUCCUAAAACUCAGCCCUUUACCUGUGAGGGCUGGGGGGUUGCACCCCUCCACUGCACAUUUCAAGGAACUGUGACAACUCUCAUCCCAAGAAGAAAACAGCUUGUCUUUGGGUCAGCUUUUGUGAUUGCAUUCAGCAAGCAACAUGCGUGGGAGCAUUUGGUCUCCUGAUAAGUGUAUUUCGUGUGCACUGAGCCACAACAUGGGGACACUCUGCGAUGCUGAAUUUUAGCAGGACAGCUCUUUUUUCCUAAGUAGGCCUGAGCUUUAUUUAUCAAUGAAAUCUAAGGAGGAAAUGAGGUUAAUAAUGAGGUAUUAGUUAAAUAUUCCCUCACCCCAACCCACCAAAUUAGGUGUUGGAUUCUUUGGAAACUCUGGGACUUUGGCUUUUUUUUUUUUUUUUGCUUUUUUUUCUGUUUCCGGUCUCCCAAAAGCUACAGUUUCUCUUAAAUUUUAAAGUGUUUUUUUACGAGCUUGAAUAUUAAUUUUUUGUGUGUAAUCUCCCCGCAUGACCUGAAGCCACGAGCUUCUCUUUCUGCCAUAUUUCCUACAACAUUUAUAGAUGUGGUUUGAUUCAGCACUUAUUUGAUAGGGUCAUGGCCUUGAGAGGUGUGGCGAGUCCUCCCUGGCUGGGAAGGGACCAGCUGGGCUGUGGCAGAUGCUUCCACGGACUCAACAAUCCUUCAAUCAUAUUGGUCGUCAGUGACCUCUUCCGCAUCCGGCCUCUUUUUGUGUUUGAGUGGAAUUAAACCCCGUCCCAAAACAAUGUUGACACAAUCAGAAGGCUUCUAGUGGGGUUUUUCUUCUUCUUCUGGUUUUAGUUUUCUUUUAUGAAAAAAAGUAGAGAGUGUGUGGGUGGAGCUCCUUGUGUUCUCUUAGUGCAGACUAACCGUCAGGAUGGUGACAAAGCACAAAUACUUUGGAGCGGAGAACGCUGACAGGCAAGGGUUCUGUGUCACAGGUGGAAAACCACCUCCAGGGGCUGCCACCCACCCCUGCCCUGACUCUAAGUGGGAGGGACGAGUUUUUCCCCCAGAUUGUAAUCCAACUGUUGUCUACCAGGAUGCAUGCCGUUCUCCUGGGGGAGCUGGUAUUAGUCUGCGGAACGCUGGGAAAACCACAGGCAUGUUUCAUGGUGGUGACACAUUUGCCAACACAUGUGGGCAGCCAGCUAGCAUACUUUGUGGAAAUUUGGCAAGGUUUCCUAUCUCAGCCCCACGGUGCAUCGCUGAGGCUGAUGACUGUGUCCUUCGGCUCAGAGAAAGGACAGCAGUUCUUUGAAAAUCUGGUCUCCAGAGUUUGGGUGUGUAUGACUCUGCAUGGGUGUGUCUUUGUGUCUUUGUAGUUAGAGAUGUUCAUUCCGUACUCCAGCUGUAAGAUUGUUUUAUCUCAUCUCUGCCCCACCACAGCUGUCCUUCUGUCAUGUCGUCCAACACGGAGAAGACUUGAGCUCUCUGGUUGGCACUCUUGUCUUUUAUGUUUAUGACCUCAUUCUCCAGUGAACUCCAUCUGACCAGUUGAUUCAGAACCAGGCAAGAUUCCCACCCUUCGGCACAUCCAGUGAAAGGCCAAAUGGAAGUCCAAGUGAGUUUUCAAUUUUAAUGAGUCACCCUUUAUUUUUUACACUCGAGAGUGGUUGUAAUAAAGGCCGUCAUUAAUAAACUUGGUUCUGCCUUCCAUGGAGUUAUGUCUUUCUUCUUUUUUUCUCUCUUGAAAUGGCAAAAUGCUCGAAUCCAGUGGUUCCCAAACUUCAGCAGCAUGCGUCAGAAUCACGGGAUGGCUUGUUGAAAUACAGAUAACUGUGUUGGCCCCAUCCCCAGAAUUUCUGAUGUAGUAGUUCUGGGGUGGGGGGAGGUUGAGAAUGUGCUGUUCUGACCAGUUCCCAGGUGGCACUGUUGCCCUGUUUUUGGAAGCACAAUCUCUACGGGAGAAAGGGAGGGAACAUUUUGUGAUUAGGAGGAAAAGGUUUCCUUGUGCUACUGGAUGCCGACCAAUGAGACGGAAGAGCUGGGUAUGUAGGAAAUCUGUUCCUUGUUGUCUGCUGGUCACAGUCUCCCAGAGACCAUGUAGAAUACAGAUCAUCAGGCCUUGCCCCUAGCAAUUCUGUACUGGGGAGGCCAGAGCAUAUAUAUAAAAUUCUUUUUUCUUUUUUAUAGAGCCUUUAUUUUUAAGAAGAUCCCAUUGAAAAUUUAAUGCACAAUGAGAAUUAGGACUCAUGGGCCUAGGUAAAUCUUGAUAAUAUUCACAACCUUUUUUCUAGGAAAAUAAUUUCUAGUAGUUUCUUAGAGCAGAAGUCUUAACCCAUUUGAGAAAUACCAACUUAGAUGAACUUUUAUUUUGAAUUAUCACUGCAGAAGAAGACUUCUGUCUUUAGAACUGUUAAAGAUUUUCUUCAGAGAUUAAAUGAAAAAAUUUUAAGGUUCAUAUGGUAUUUUCAGACCCUGACACUGUGCCAAGACUUGUUUGAGAAACAUUUUGUCUCAUUCCCCUGGAUAGUUGAGACCAAAAAUGUUAUUCUGACUUUAGGGAAAUUUAUCAGUGGUAAUGGGAGAUCAGCAAUCCAUAUUUCUGGAGUUUUCUUAGCCAUGCUGGGGAGAUCAUCUUAUGUACAUGAGGUAAUUUGUGCUCCUUGAUCUCGGCAAAGUCUAGGCCAGGGAAGGAGAAAUAUUGCGGCUCAGAAGUAAAAGGAUGCUGCCUGCAGAAUUCAGAACUUGCAGGAAGUUUCUUCUGUGUUUAAAAGGUAGACUUGGAGGAGGAUUGUUCAACUUCUCUAUAUCUCUACUGUUUGACCGGUUACCACAAACAUCAUUGCUUCUAGGAUUUAAAAAUACUUUAUGGUAUUUUAAAAAAUGGACACAGGAAUUAAUAUAGAAUUUUGCGUUAUGAAACACUUGGGGGAAAAAUUAUCUUUGUUUUCUUCUUUCUACCAAGGAAUUAACCUCUACUUUUCUUUCAGCUUUCUUCCUGCCGCAGGUCCCAGUCAUUCUUCUGUCAAAGGGAUUCUGAAAAGUGUCUCUUGGCUUUUCCUUCUUAUGCAGAAUGUUUUCUCAUUCAUGCCCCGCGCUGGUGUGGGCAGAAAUGGAGCAGUUCUGAGUUUCCUGGAGCUCCUCUCAGGCCCUGUUUCCGGCUGCCUUGGACCGCAGCCCUGGGAAGCCGGUGGCUGAACAAUGAGGAGCUGGCGCCGGGGACCUGGCUGGCCCUCCCAGCUCUCUCGGCCAUUUAUUCCACGAAGCCCCGCUUCUCUAGGGAAACCCUGUUUAGACCUGCGAGGAAGAGCUGGGAACCUCUCCAUGAGCACUGGCCAACGGGGUUUCAUGGCCAGCACUCUACAGUGAGGCCGUGGGCUGUUUCUAGGUGCUGCCCUCUCAGGAGGGAGAAGCCUAGUCCUGGAAUUAGAAGGAGGAUGUAGUGUUUGCCUGGAAGUAGGAACUCACUAGGCUUUAUCGUGGUGACAGAGAAAGUGGACAGAAAUCUAUCCAGGACAACAGACAAGGCGCGUGUAUCCGGGUGGGGGUAGGGGGCAGAGGAGAGAAGCUGAACUCUAGAGAGAGGGCCAAAGCCAUCUUCGGGCUUACCUGAGCCUUUCUUUUUGGAAGAGUUUGUGAGAAAGGUAGAGUUUGUAAAGUUACAGAUUUUAGGACUUCUUGAAGGAUUUAGAUAGCAGCUUUCCUUUGGAGUGUUCAUGCUGAGCAGUUCUCUCGUAAGCUGGGCGCCAGUGAGAGGGAGCUGAGUUUUCUUAGCCUGGUAUCCACUAACCCACCCACACUCCUCAGGACCUGCGUGGGCCGGGGCAGUUUCUCUCUCCCCUACUAGGAACUCCCAGCCAGGAAAACCUGCAGGAAGAGAGGUGAGUUCAUGGGCUUUACGCUCUAUUAACAUACUCUGAAAACGGCAGCGUGCAAACAAGAUAGUGCUUCCCAAGAUAGCGCUUCCCAUGUUGUUGCCCUUUAUUGAAUGUGUAGUUGCAUUAUAUGUGGGAGAAAGACAACCUUUCAUAUCUGGAGUUUAUCACGUAUUGGAUUUUGCUUUUGCAGAGCAACUGAACAGAACAUUUUAAUGGCCUGCCCUCUAGUGGCGAUCAUGUAAAACAACGGACAAGCUGGACGAGUUGCUGCAGGGCUCACCCCAAUCUCUGCUGAGAGGUGUUCCCACUUUGCAGAAACUUGAAGGCUAUCCAGCUGUAUGUUGUGUGCUUAGGGCGGGUAGGCAUUUUAUUCCUUUUGCACACUCUGGAAAAUGCCAGAGCUUGUUUUAGAGAGUUAGGGAGCAGGGUGUUUAACUCCCUUCGCCAUCAACAUCCUGGUCUUGCUGCCAGGGCUUUAAAGGGCACUGCCCUCCUGCCUAGACCCCCACACAGUUUACGGGAGAGAUGGGGAUGAUCUAAAACUGCCAAUCUGCCAGGCAGGACACUCUUCUGAAACAGUGAAUAGAACAUUCCGUCUGUUUCCUCUAAGAGCAUCCAUGCGGGUCACCUGGAUGGAGUUUGCUUCGACCUGAGAAUUUGCAACUUUGGUUGAGACGGUGGUGAAGACUAGUUUGGUGUUGGGUGGUCUGGAUCACUGAACUCUAACUUGUGUUUUAGGAAUCUGUUAUGGGUUGAAUCGCAUCUUCCAGAAAUCCAUGUGUUGCAUUCCUAACCCUAAUACCUCAGAAUGUGGCCAUAUUUGGAAAUAGGGUUGUUGCAAAUGUAAUUAGAUGAAGUGAUAUCCAGUAUAACCAGCGUUCCUGUAAAAAAGGGAAAUUUGGACACUGACGCGAACACAGGGAGAAUGAACACCAUGUGACAAGGAAAGCAGAGAUCAAGUGAUACAUCUACAAGCCAUGGAGCACCAACGAUCGCCAGCAAGCUACAGAAUCUGGGAGGCAUGGCACCUGCUCUCAGAGCCUCCAGAAGGAACCAGCCCUGCUGACACCUGGACUUUGGACUUCACCCUCCAGAACUGUGAGAUGAUACAUUUCUGUGGUUGGUAUAAGCCUCCCUCCUGCUCUGUGGUACUUUGCUGUGGAGUCCGAGGAAGCUGAGACAGUUUGAUCCCCUGUUGCCGGUUUUCAGGCUGGAAAUGGUAGGACUGCUUGGAGCCCCGUGUGCCACUUCUUGCUGGAAGGAAAGGAGUGUGUAUGCGCCACUUAUUCAAGUGGGUGCACCUGAACAUGGUGUGGGGGGCACUCUGUGUGUCUGCUCUAAGCCCUUAAAAACAGUCUGGACACCUUUUGUGGGACAUUUUUAAAAUAAGGACUGCUUUGUUACAUUAUAAUUAAAAAUGAUGGUGCUGCAGUCUGUGUUUAUUGGAACUCCGUGACGUGAAGUGCAACUUGUUAGAGUGAUUAAAGUCUCAUCAAUAAAAGAGCUAUAUUUCCAUGA